AUGCAAACACAAUUCACUAUACGAUCUAUUGAUGAUAAUACAACAACAAUACCUUAUCAUCAUUCAAAAUGGCGGAUAUUUUUUGCGCGACAUUUAAAUUAUACACCAACAACAACAACAACUAAACAAUUAUUGAAUAUUGAUCAAUAUGAAUUGAACAAAUUAAAGCAUGAUCAAUCGUUUGAAAAUGUUCAACAACAAUCACAAAAUAAUUCAUGGAAUAUUAAUUCACAACAUUCUACUCAUCUGAUUACAUCAAAUCAUUUUCCGUUAUUAUUAUUUUAUUUUGAACAAAUCUUAAUAUUUUUUAGUUAUUUCUUUUUAUUAAUUACUUUACCAUUUUCAUUAAUAUUUUGUUUAUAUAUUAUUAAACAUUAUGAAAGAGCAGUGAUAUUUCGUUUAGGUCAUGUAAUAUGGAAUAAUUCUAUUGGUCCAGGUUUAUUAUUUAUUAUCCCAUGGUUAGAUAUAGUACAUCGUGUUGAUUUACGUUUAUUCACUGUGGAUGUUUGUACACAAAAUAUUCUCACUAGUGAUGCUGUCACAGUGAGUGUAGAAACAGUCAUUUAUUAUCGUAUUAUUAAUCCAAUUCUUUCAGUGAUUCAUGUCAAAAAUAUACAUGAUUCUACAUGUUUAUUAGCCCAGACUACAUUACACCAUGUAUUAGGUCGUAUGAAUAUGUAUACAUUGUUAACAGAACGUCAAUAUUUAUCACAAUUUAUCCAUCAAUUAUUAGAUAUCUAUAUUGAUUUAUGGGGUAUUAAAAUUGAACGUAUUGAAAUUAAAAAUAUUCGUUUACCAAUUGAAUUACAACAUUGUAUGGCUAUCGAGGCUGAAGCAAGUCGUAAAGCACAAGCAAAAUUUGUACUGGCAUUAGCUGAGAAAAAUGUAUCACAUUAUUUAAAACUGGCUGCAAUACAAUUAAAAAAUUGUCCAAUCGGUUUACAAUUACAUUAUUUACAAACUAUGAAAUAUAUAACUAAUGGGAAAAAUUCAAUUAUUUUAUUCCCCAUUCCGAUGAAAUUAAAAUCUGAUGUAUAUUUUGAAUUAAUAUUGGCUAGUUUAUCGAAUUCUAAUGAAAAAUUUCAAUUGUAUUCCAGAUACAUUAAAUGGAUUGAACAAAAUUAUCCUUCAUUAGGCAAAUGUGCUGAUUUACAAAAUGUUCUCUAUCGUUCUAUACGUGAUUCUUCGAAUUUACCAGAAAUUAAAAACAAUGAGGCCUAUGUGAACAGUUGGAUUAAACUUACAGAAUAUUGUAGUCAACCAAUGGAAUUAUUUGAGUUAUUAUUUCGUCAAGGUAUUGGUACAAUGUGUUCUGAAUUCUAUAUUGCAUGGUGUGAAUUACUUGAAAAAAAAACUAGUAAAAAUUAUCAAAAAAUUGCAUCAAUCUAUGCGCAUGGUUUACGUGCUGGUGCUAAACCUUUAUUAUGGUUAGAAGAUAGAGCAGAAGCUUUCUUUCAUCGAUAUCAAUAUUAUUUAAAAUCUACCGAUGAUACAUUAAUGACGACGUUAGAUAAUUCUUGUCAAGAAAAUAAUGAUACCAGUAGUAAUACAAGAAAAAAACUAGCAUCAUUACGUUUAAUUGAAACUGUUGGUACACAAGAGAAUCAUAGUUUUGUUGCUCCAGUGUUACGAACUAACGAAAUGUGGCGUUCAAAUCAAUCAGGUCUUGGUCCAACAAUAACAACUCAACAUUCAACUGGAACUAAUCGAUUGAAUAAAAACGUAAAUUAUCAAAUAAAACCAGAUAAUUUAUCAUGCGCAAAAGAGAAUUCCACUCUAAUACGUGAUUUACCAAUUGUGGAUACCGCAGAUUUUAUUCGACCUGUUGGUUGUCCAUCAUCAUGGCAAAAAGAAAAUCAACUGGAACCAACUGCAUGGAAUAAUGUUCAAUUACCUACAAAUAGAACAGCCCCUGUAUUAUCUAGACCUAUAGGUUUACCGAAUUGGGAAAUUUUCACAGAAGAACCAAUUGAAUCCGAGCAACAGCAACCACAGCAACAACAAACAGACUCUGUAAAUACAUUGUCUAGUGUACAACAAUCAACUGUUUGUACUAAACGUAAAGGUUUAAAAAUCAAAUCAUUCAAAGAUAAUGAUUCAUGUCAACAGUCAAAUGAAAUUCCUUACAUUGAAAUGGCAUCAUUCAAUCGUUUGGUUGGUGGUUGUGGCAGUGGCAGUGGCAGUGUUGAUCAUGCAUUGUCAGCAAUUCACCGUGAUGAUCAAAAUGAUGUCAAGUUAAAUUUACCAAGUCUACCCGGUGAUAAACUAUGUGAAGUGGAUUGUUUCGCCUUUGAUAUCUCUCUUAUCUAUGGUGGAAUUGAAGAAUUAUGCUGGGAAAUGCAUCGUAGCUUAAAAUGGAAUGUUAAUUAUAUGGACACAUUGAAUCAUUGCUCCUCGACCUCUUCCUCCUCUUCCAUAAAACAUCAGCAGCAGCAGGCUGAUACCGGUGAUGUCGAUGAGGAUAACAGUGACUGUGAUCGAAAGAAAAUAUUGAAUAAUUUUUGGGAUAAAGAAGAAACAGAACUGAUUGAAGAAAUCAAUGCUAUUAUUCAUAAACAUACUACUAACACUACUACUAAUAAUAAUAAUCAUAGUAAUAAUAAUGAUGUAAAGUGUAAAAAUGUUGAAUCCACUCGUUAUGCACUGAUCAAAUCAUUGGAAAUGAUUGCAUUGAAUCAAAAAAGUUGAAAUUGUACAAUACGAUAAAAACAAACUGACAAACAAACAGGUGUACUUGUUUGUCUUUUUUUUUUUAACUAAUUUUUUUCUAUCUAUCUAUCUAUGCAUUUUGUAUUUAAAUGUUAUUC